CUUGGGGAUGGAUGAGGAUGCUGACCGCGGCGCACAGCGGCCGUGUGUGCCUACGAUCGAUUUCUUGUCCUCUUGCGUGGCGUUGCGUUGUCUACAUACGAGAUCGACGGGAUCAUUUCUCUCCACCGCUUAUAUAAUCUCUCCUUAGUCUCUCUGCAUCUGGUCUAGAUUUUUCUCCAUGCCUAGAGCAUAGAUCGCUCGAUCUUCUUCGCGUUUCUCUUCUUCUCGGUCCUCUUCUUUCCAUUCUUGGCGUUUUCGUUUCUAGAUCGUGGCCAUGCCAGGGAUUCUUUGGCAUUCCGAUCGGAAUGAGCGGAAUUUCGAGAGCGAUUGCUAUAGCAGCGGCAGCGAGCACGAAGCGAUGGCCAGCUCCCUCUUCUUGGAGGAGAUGGUGAACGAUUUCAUGGAGGAGGAGUGCCGCUUGAGCGGUUGCUGUAACGGCGAUCCCUCUCCAGUUAAUGCCAGUGCCAAAUCGCAAGAUCUCGCCGACGAGCUGCGAGAUUUCCUUCUGCAUCAGAGAUCUUCUUGCAGUGGCGAUCUCCAGAAACUCGCCGCCGACGUCGAGCGAUCCAAGGAUCGUGCCGGGAAGAUCGUGACGCCCGAGGCGGAGAAUCCGGAGCAGCAGCGCUUGCGAUGCACCGCCGCGAACCUCCGAUCGAUGGGAUACAAUGCUGCCGUUUGCAAAUCGCGCUGGAGCCAAUCCAAAGGAAUCUCCAAAGGAGAGUACGCCUACAUUGACGUCCUCCUCGACGCCGGCUCCAAGCGAGUGAUCAUCGACACAGAUUUUAGCUCCCAGUUCGUGAUCGCGCGCCCCAGCGACGAAUACCAAGCGAUCCUCGCCGAGAUCCCGCCAGUGUUCGUGGGCUCCGAGGACGAGCUCCACAAAUUCCUCCACCUCAUCUCCCUCGCAAUGAAACGCUCGCUCAAGGCGCAAAGUCUCACGCUCCCUCCCUGGCGGAGACCCGACUACCUCACCGCGAAGUGGUUCUCGCCAUACCGGAGAACAACCAAUCCUCUUCCAACUCCAGCUCCAGCUCCCUCGAGACAACAAUCCGACUGGACGAACAGCUUCUCCAGUGAUGAGAUCGAUCGAUCGAAAAGGCCCGCGAGCUCCGAUCCGAGAUCCAAGAAAUCGCCCGGCCUUGCGACGCUGCUGGCCGAGGCCGGGAUGAUCCGCCAGGAAACUCACCAGCUCGUGACAGUCGCGACUUAAGAUAGAAACCUCGAGAGCUAAGCAAACAUAUAGAAGAAGACAAGUGUGUUCUUGGUGGUUUUUUUUGGUAGAAGCAAAACCAUAUAGUAAGAGGAGAGAAUUAUCUCUCUUUUUUUCUCUCU